GUCACUCACCACAUAUAAUUUAUAUCUUCCCCAGGGGUGGUUUUGGGGAUGGAAGCAUGCUUGUAGGGCCUGGUGAUCCUCGCUUUUUCCCAUUUGGUGAUGGUUCUGAUCGACCUGGCUUCAUGGGACCACCACAACCGGGUGUGCCACCUCCUGGUGCUCGUUUUGAUCCUUAUGGCCCACCUGGUGUUCCAGGAUUUGAGCCUGGCCGGUUCACAAGGCAACCUCCAAGAAGGCCAGGAGGCGGGCAUCCAGAUCUCGAGCAUUAUCCCGGCGGUUCCGAUUUUAUGUAAUAAAGUAUGUGCACAACUUAAAGUCUGGCAGUAACUAUCAUAUAGACUUGGUUUGCUUUUUAUCAGCUGUUUUGUUUUCCCUUGGUGUUGGUUUUAUCCCCAGCUGAUUGUUUAUAACUUAAAUAAAUAUAAAUAAAGUUUUGGUUUAGUUUUA